CUAAACUACGGAGCGAUAAUGUCCGUAUUCGUUUUUACGACCACACGGUAAUCAAUGAAAUUCUGUAUCCAUUAGCAACAGUGACUAAAAAUGAUACUGUCAAGAGCGAAGCCAGCCUCUUCCGAAGGAGUGCGAAAGUCCGCGUCGGAGAAACGAAUACCAAAGUUGGAAGAAUUUCUAGAGAAGCGUGAUUACACGGGCGCUUUGACACUUUUGGAAUUCAGCAACACCUCGGAGACUACACCAAAGUCUGAACUAUGGAUAGGUUAUUGUGCUUUUCAUUUGGGGGACUACAGACGCGCCGCUACGAUUUACGAAAGUUUGCGGAAAAAAGACGAAACGCCAGCUGAUACGUCGACAAAUCUGGCAUGCUGUUAUUUUUAUCUUGGAAUGUACCCGGAGGCUCAAACAAUUCUGGAGGAUGCCCCGCAUAGUAAAUUGAAGAACAGACUGUUAUUUCACUUGGCCCAUAAAAUGGGCAACGAGGCGAAAUUAAUGGAAUACCAUCACAUGCUGGAGGAUGUGAUAGAAGAUCAGCUUAGUUUAGCUUCUAUUCAUUAUCUCCGAGCUCAUUAUCAAGAGGCCAUCGAUGUUUACAAGAAGAUCCUAUUGGAGAACAGAGAUUACUUUGCAUUAAAUGUAUAUGUUGCCUUGUGCUACUACAAAUUGGAUUAUUACGACGUGGCUCAAGAAGUUCUUCAAGUUUAUCUACAAAAGUAUCCUGACAGCGCGAUUGCCAUAAAUUUAAAAGCAUGCAAUCAUUUUCGUUUGUACAAUGGUAACGCUGCACAAAACGAAAUGAAACAGCUAAUAGAUAAGAUGUCGAAUUCUUUCAGCUUCAGUCAUGAUCUUAUACGCCAUAAUACCGUCGUGUUCAAGGGCGGAGAAGGUGCAUUACAAAUUUUACCGAAUUUAGUAGACGUUAUACCAGAAGCCAGACUGAAUCUAGUAAUUUACUAUUUGAAACAAGACGACGUGCGAGAAGCGUUCGAAUUAAUCAAAGAUCUUGAACCAGCUGUACCGCAAGAGUACAUUUUAAAAGGAAUAGUUAACGCAGUAAUGGGACAAGAAACGAAUUCCCGGGAUAAUAUAAAAACGGCGCAACAGUAUUUUCAAUUAGUGGGUUCUUCGGCGUCAGAAUGCGACACCAUACCUGGCAGACAAUGCAUGGCCUCCUGCUUUUUCCUUUAUCGUCAAUUCGAGGAAGUCCUAGUGUAUUUAAAUUCAAUCAAAACCUAUUUCUCCAACGAAGACAAUUUCAAUUUCAAUUACGCUCAGGCGCAAGCUGCGGCGGGUUAUUUCAAAGAAGCGGAAGAAGCGUUUUUAAAUAUAAGAAAUGAAAAAUACAAGAAUGAUUAUAUUUAUGUUAGUCUUCUUGCACAUUGCUACAUAAUGAACAAGAAACCGCAGUUAGCCUGGGACUUGUAUUUAAAAAUGGACACAACAACAGAGUCGUUCAAUUUGCUGCAAUUAAUAGCGAACGAUUGUUACAAAGUUGGUGAAUUUUGGUACGCAGCGAAAGCGUUCGAUAUGCUGGAACGAAUGGAUCCAAGUCCAGAGAAUUGGGAAGGGAAACGAGGCGCUUGUUGCGGAACUUUUCAAUACAUUGUAGCCGAGAAGCAACCAAAAGAGUUAUUACCUGAGAUUAUACAACUUUUGAAGAACACCUCGAAUUCACAAGUGGAGCAGAUCAUUCGUGUGAUGCGUAAAUGGGGUAAAGAUAACAGGAUUAAUUGUUGACGAAGAGGUAAAAUCGAACGGACAGUGAUUGUUAUCAUUAAAUUUGUAACGUGAGGCCUUAUCUGAAACAUGUUCAACAGUUGCAGAAUGUUAAUGUAUUUUGUAAUAUGUGUGUACAUUAUGUGAAUGGAAGACUACAGAGGAAAAUGAAAAUUACUAAAACAGUCUAAAUAAAUUUAUUUGUGAAAUUC